AUGAGUCGGACGACAACACGAACCAAGGCGCCGCCAAAGCCAAAGAUGAAGCGAGACUCUGCCAUCAAAACUUCGCAGAUAUACUGUCUUUGUCAUGGUGUCGAUGAUGGCUCUCCGAUGGUCAAUUGUGGAGAAUGCAAAGAAUGGUACCACUUUUCAUGCGUUGAUCUCAGCGAGGGUACCGCAGACGACAUCAAUGUCUAUAUCUGUCCACUGUGUGUCACGAAAACUGGACAAAGAACAGUCUUACUCUGGGAGGGUCCCGAUGCCGUUGAAGAUGCAUCUCUACCCAUUCAACCCCGUAUCAAGUCCCCAGUCGACGAUGACCCACCACCUUCAGAAUCAGACAAGGACCCCGAUAGUGAUGACGAAUAUAUGGCGGACAGGGCCAAGCGCCGUCGCGCUCGACGUUUAUCUAUAUCGUCAGACUCUGAACACUCUGGGUCGGAGAAGAACAGUCGGUUGCGCAAAAGAUCUUCACCAAGUGCCAGCAAGAAGCGCAAAGCACCCAAGAGUAAUCAACCUCCAGCAAAGAGAAAGAAACAAGAGCAAGACGACCCUGCGAGGAGUUUCUGUCUUGGAAAGCUCGAAGCCGUAUUCAGAGAUAUUUUCCUCCGUUAUCCGCAUGUGCCUUCUGGCGGGGAGAAGAAGCAGGAGGACUUGACGGAGACAGAAAAGGCUCAGCUUGAAGAGGAUGCAAAGCAGUUCGCUGUCGAUCUUGAGCAGUGUGUGUAUGACUUAUAUUGCGAGCCUGAUAAGAUGGGUAGAAACUGCGCUGGAGCCAAGUAUAAGGAUCGGUAUCGAAUGCUGCAGUUUAAUCUUAGCAAAGUUGACCGUACCGUUCUUCACAAGCGAAUUGCUUCGGGAGGGAUCACGCCUAAAGAGAUUUCGCUCAUGUCGUCGACUGAUCUAGCCAACGAGCAAAUGCAGCAGUCGAUGAAAAUGGUAGAGCAGGAGGCAUUGGAGCAUUCGAUUCUUGAAAAGACGGCCAUCCCACGUGCCAAGUUGACCCACAAAGGUUUCGAAGAUAUCGAAGACCUGGAUAAUGUCUCGAGUGCGGCACGUGAGAGGGAGGCUGAGCUCCAACGUGCAGAGGAAGAAAAAAGAGAACGCGAACGUGCUGCUCGAGCUUUGCGUACCCGCACUUCGUCCAUGUCUGUUCCUCCCGAGUCGCCUAUUUCGGCCACAUGGGCCCCUGUCCAGUCGCGUGUCCCAAUUUCGACCAUUUCCCCCAUUGAGGCAACAGACCUGCCAUUUCCGGCCAUCUCUGAGCUCCUGGCAGAGCCAGAGAUGAAUCUGGCCGACUUGAUCAACAUAGACGAUGAGCCGCCAACUCAAGACCAGCAGACCUCGUCUUCACCCAAACCACCCGUUUCGGACCCAAUUCAAUCACCCACCAUCCCGACAACAGGCAUCUCACCGUUUGCGAGCAACCCUGAACCCAGGCUCUCAUUCGAUCUGAACUCACUGUGGACCGCGCCAAAGAAAGAAGAGUCGCCCGCACAUUCGCCUGAACCAGCUGAAGCCGAAAAAUCGAUGGAUCUUGACAAUGACGAGACCGACGACAAAGAUUUCGAUAUGUUCCUUGAAGAGAAAGAAACUGUGGUUCCGACACCUGAUAUCCUUCAGGCGGCCUUCGAUGUUCUUCCUUAUGUUUGGACAGGCAAGAUUAGCAUGCCUCUGGACUCUGCUAUUCCCCAAGAAACCCCUGUAACCGCCCGUCAAGUUGCUGGACGACCGCUUGAAUCAACUUCCGCUUUGUGGAAGACUCUUUUUCCUUCCGAGCUUUUACGAAUUGACGGCCGUGUACCUGUUGACAAAUCGAGUCAAUUUCUGCUUCAAACACGGAUGAAUUCCACUAAAGAACUCAUCGCUGUGGCAUUCACCUCCGAAUCGCCCACUGCCGGCGGCGAGUUUCAAGUGCUAAUGGACUUCUUGAUAGCGAAAGGACGGCACGGGCUUGUCUUUCCAUGGGGCAGUCGGCCUAAGGAUCACCACCCUGGCAAAGAGCUAUAUAUCAUUCCACUUCUUUCAAGUGACAGCCUCCCGGACUACAUGGAGCUACUGGACAAUCUCCAGUUGCCCAAACUGAGAACAGCCAAUCUGCUCGUCGGUAUUUGGGUCCUGAACAAGGGUAAACUCGCCGCGCCACCGCCGCCACCCUUGGCUGUCACCAGUUCAGUUCCGGUGUCGACUACCAUUCCCCCUUUCAUAAGCGCAAUGCCUUCGUCAAUACCGCAACCUGCCGCGCCACCGCCAGUCACAUUCGAGCCGUCUGUUCUUGCAGCAGAAGUUGCGACCCUUACGCCAGAACAAGUCAGGUUGAUGCUCCAAAGUUUGACUAGCUCGAUCCCAAACCCUAACACCGCCCCUCCCAUGUCUAUACCCUCGCAGCAGCCACAACCAGGUCCCCCGCCACAAGCAUGGGGUCCCCCUCCCAAUUAUGGCCCUCCUCCUCCUCAUUAUAAUUCGCCACCACCGAACAUGUAUAACCAGCCACAUCAGCAACAACCUCAUUACGAGCGCCGCGAUUACAACCACGAGCCUGGAUUUGGCAGAGCACGUGACAACAACAACUGGAAUCACAACCACAAUCACAACAAUGGACAUCACAACCGAAAUCGUGGGAGGGGGAGAGGUGGUGGCAAUGCACAACUUCCGCCACCUGUCGAUUCGGGAUGGCCCCGAAGACGUGAUGGACAAAACCAAGGUGGGCGUUGGUAA